AUGGUGGUUAACCUGGAGAACAGGCUAGUUCUGUCCAAGGAGGACAAAAUGGCAUCCGUCGUGAAGGAAAGACUCCUGCUGCGACGUAAUGUUGACCUCGUCUAUUUCCCUAGUCUGAUGCAAUAUGAGACCUACGCAAAACUCAAUGCGGUGGUUUCGCAAUUGGACGAUGUUUCGACAAAGAUCGAAAACGAUACCGGCUUCUUUGUCGGUCCGUUUGGUGCUUUUAUGGCUUCUGGUAAAGGUGCUCCAGUGGUAGCACCAGUUCCAAAAACCCCAAGAGUUCAACAAAUUCUGCCAGUCAAGACGCCGAAAGACACUCCAGUAAAAACGCCGAGAGAUACGCCCGUUGUGGAGUUGGAGGAGGGAAGGAAAAGCGCAGACUCUAUGGAACUCAGCGGCUCUGAGUCUAUAGAAGAGCUCAUCAAAAAUGCUGAUCCUGAGAGACUCGAACUGGAAAAGAUCGAGCCAGAAACCUCCAUCUUCUCCAAAACUGAUAAUACCUACGUGCAUUAUGCCCUUUUGGAUUCCGCAAAGCUUACGACUUUGGCCAUUAAAGGUACAAAAUAUGAGUUCUCGGAGCAAAGCAUGUUCCACAUUUUGUAUCCGAACUUCUUCCCAAACAUCGAUCCUGAUGAUUGGCGUCCGAAUGUGAGUGUGAUGUUGAGAUACUUUCGUCUAUCUUCUGCUACUCCGGGAGGCGUAGAGAUAGCGCCCUUACUCACCACAGCAACGGAGCAGCUAGGUGCUUCGUCAAUGGCCUUUACAAGAGUGAUAUAUGAGAGAAAUCAGUGGGAUACAUACGUCCUUCCUCUCAUUAAGCAAAUAUUCUUCGAACUUGUAUGCGAAGAGUUCCCAUUGUCGAACAACUGGCGAUCGCAUUACAUCAGGAAGGAUAGCCUUUCGACCCCGAGGGAACUACUUCUUAAGAAUUUGCGAUUGGGUAUUAUGUUUAUGUGUUUGGCAACAAGUGCAUUCCGCAGGUCCCUGGAGUAUGAGAAGAAGAAUGUGAACAAUGACGUGAAGAAGUAUUUCAUGGAUGAUGAACUCAAGGCAGCAAUCGAAAUGCGUAAAUUGGGUAUCAACAUUUUGAACUAUCAUUUGGAUGAAUACGAUAACAAUUCGCUGUAUCCCGAGAUUGACAAUUACGAAACCUGCUUGUUGCUAGCGCUUCUUCUUCAGAUCAAUCUUGAUGAUCUUUUUGGUGUCUACGAGAACUAUGAACUCAUCUUUGCUAUUGGCGACUUUUUGGUGAAGAGCAGACUCAGAAAAGUUGAACGAAAAUUAACCACCCUUGACAAAUACCUUCGAAGUGUUUUCGAGAUACUUCAGAUAUUCUACAACUCAACACAGGCGGUGACAUUAUUCAAUUACGAGAUCUCUGAAAAAGAUCGUCAACAAAGGUAUCGUGAUCUAGACAAGAACUACGACUUGUCUAAAGAUCUUUCUGACGUCGAACUGUAUGACUCGACCAGUGAAGAAAGCGACAAUCUUGAGGGCAAUGAAAGGCCGAAGAAUAUUCUGGUUGCGGCUGCGGGUACAUCGGAUGACAAGAAUCCUCUCUCCUUCACGGUGUAUUUCAACGAAAAGUCAGACACCCACAAGCCGCCUGCAAACAGUGAUCAUCCUCCGCCUUUGAGGCGUAGCGCAAUGCACCAAAGUUCGAGCCCAAUUUGCCCAGAAAUUGGUGACAGAUCUGUCUAUGUGUCAUACGGAUUGCCAAAAUCAUUACUCCAACUUCUACACGAGGUGGUCCAGCUCACAAACCAUAAGAGGGUGUUUCAGACGCAGGGGUUCUUCCCCAGAAAUUAUCCUAGAGCUUGCGCCGAUACUGAGGACAAGAUUCUAAACUGGAAUGUGGAGAGCUACUGGAAGCUCUAUGAUAAUGAGUACGACGCCAUCACGAACACAGCUACAAAGUCCUUCUACUCCUUAUUCCACGAGGGACUCUACCAUAAUGUCAUGGGAGUUUACCAAGCACUCAAAAUCUAA